AGGAGAUCGUGCACAUCCACCUCCAUAACCUAACUGCAAUCAAGCAAAACAUGGUUCUAACGCCGGUUUUAAUCUUCGUGGUUUUCCUAAUCAUCUACGCCACUUUCUUCCGAAAAAGGGGAAGAUUCUGGGAAUGUUUGAGUCAGCUGCCGAAACCUCCAGCGUACCCUAUUAUUGGGAACCUUUUCGAGGUUAUGAGGACACCAGAGCAAAUGUUCGUACACGACCGUAAACGCGGCCUCCAGUACUACCCUUUGUAUCAUCUAGAUGUGCUUGGUGUGGGUUCUGCAAAUAUUCUCAAUCCGGAAGACAUGGAAGUCGUACUUACAGACAUGAAGCAAAACACUAAGAGUAUUAUAUACGAAUUCCUGCACUCUUGGUUGGGUACUGGUUUGUUGACAAGCGCUGGUUCCAAGUGGCAAAGUCGCCGAAAAAUCCUCACCCCAGCGUUCCAUUUUAACAUCCUCCAAGAAUUCGUGACGAUCUUCACCGAAGAAACGAAAAGACUGGUCGAUGAGUUGGAGAAGGAUAGUGACAAACCUUACAUUGACGUGGUGGUACCGAUUACCCAGUUCACUCUGAUGUCAAUCGGGGAAACCGCAAUGGGUAUCAACUUCAACAGCUACAUGAACGAUAAAGACGGUUACAAGAAAUCCAUCUAUGACAUCGGACGACUACUCACCUACAGAGCUCCUAGACCUUGGAUUUACAGCGACGCCGUCUACUCCUUAACAUCCAACUCCCGUGAAGAGAAAAAAGUCGUCAAGACUCUCCACCAAUUCACCAACGACGUUAUCGCCAAGAGAAAAAGCAACUUCUCGUCGGCGUCCUACUCUGAAAGGAAACGUCUCGCUAUGCUCGAUCUUCUCCUAAAGUACCGAGCGGAAGGUGCCAACAUCGACGACGAGGGAAUCCGCGAAGAAGUGGAUACUUUCAUGUUCGAAGGCCACGACACGACUUCCAUGGCGAUUUGCUUUGCUUUAAUGCUUCUGGCGAACCACAGGGACGUUCAAAACGAGAUUUACAACGAAAUUGAAGAAGUACUCGGUGAAGACGCCCCCUCGUAUAGCAACCUUCAUGAGCUAAAGUACUUGGAAAGGUGCCUUAAGGAGAGUCUGCGGUUGUACCCUAGCGUUCCUUUCAUUUCGAGAGUGUCAGGCAGCGAGGUUAAAACCAAAACGGGCUACACCAUUCCGAACGAUUGUAUGAUCAAUCUACAAAUUUAUGACAUGCAUCAUAAUCCAAACGUUUUUCCUGAUCCGGAGAAGUUUGAUCCGGAUCGGUUCCUACCGGAGAAUAUCCAGAAGAGACAUCCCUUCGCCUAUAUACCGUUUAGUGCUGGAUCGAGGAAUUGCAUAGGUCAAAAGUUUGCCAUGUUGGAAAUGAAGACCGCGAUAUGCGGGAUUUUGAAGAAGUUCAUCCUGGAACCUGUAGACACCCCCAAAGACAUGGUUUUCAUCACGGAUUUGGUGUUGCGACCUAAAGGAAGCAUCAAAGUUAAAUUUGUACCCAGACGUUAAAAAUUAACAAUCAUUGUUAUAUUUGUUAUGUAAACAAGUUAUCGCAAUAUAGUGAGUUAGUUAA